AUGGAGAAGGGGAGCAGCCCCGCGGCGUGCGGCUCCGCGGCGCUCGCGCCGUCCUCCACGGCCACCUUCAAGGAGGAGCUGCUGUGCCCCAUCUGCUACGAGCCCUUCCGCGAGGCCGUCACGCUGGGCUGCGGCCACAACUUCUGCAAGGGCUGCGUGAGCCGCUCCUGGGAGCACCGGCCGCACGUGUGCCCCGUGUGCAAGGAGGCGGCGUCGCUCGACGAGCUCCGCGUCAACCACACGCUCAACAACCUGGUGGAGAUGAUCCUCAAGGAGGAAGGGCAGCGGCGGGGCCGGGYGGGCGCCCUCUGCGCCCUGCACCGCGAGGAGGCCAAGCUCUUCUGCCUGGACGACAAGGAGCUCGUCUGCUUCGCCUGCCAGAGCGCCAAGCAACACCAGGGCCACAAGAUGCGGCCCGUGCCGGAGGCGGCCGCCGAUCUCCGGGCCAAGCUGAAGAACAUGGAGACGUCGCUGCGGGACAAGGUGAAGGACUUCAGCGCCGUGCAUCGCUCCUACGAGUCCAUCUCCAAGCACAACGAGGCGGCGGCGGCGCGGCUCGAGGAGCGGGUGCACGACGAGUUCGAGAAGCUGCACGAGUUCCUGCGCGCCGAGGAGCAGGCGCUGCUGGGCCGGCUGCGCGACGAGGCGCGCCGCAAGCGGGAGCUCGUGGAGGGCAGCAUGCGGCGGCUGGCGGAGGAGAGCCGCGCGCUGCUCGGCGAGGCGCGCCAGCUGCACGCCGACCUGCAGGACGACGACUACGCCUUCCUCAUGACCCACAAGAACCGCAAGCGCAGGAUCGCGUGCACGGCCGAGGAGCCGGAGGCCGUGCCCACGGGGAUGCUCAUCGACGUCGCCAAGUACCUGGGCUCGCUGCAGUACGACGUCUGGAAGAAGAUGCUGGACAUCAUCACCGUGGUGCCCUUCAGCUUCGACCCCAACUCUGCGGCCGGCUGGCUCUGCGUCUCCGAGGACCUCACGAGCGUCACCAACGGCGGCUACAAGCUGCUGGUGGAGAACCCCGAGCGCUUCACGUCGGCGCCCUGCAUCCUGGGCGCGCGCGGCUUCUCCGCCGGCUUCCACGCGUGGGAGGUGGAGCUGGGCGGCAUCGCCAACUGGCGCGUGGGGGUGGCCCGCCCGCGCGGAGCCACCCCCUGGACCUUCCACCACGACGCCCGCUCCGGCUUCUGGUACAUCUACCGGCUGCCCGGCGCCGACGGCGACACGUGCCGCGCGUCCAACUCGGCGCGCUCGGAGGCGGCGCCGGGCGCGCUGGCGCGCGUGCGCGUCGAGCUGGACUGCGACGAGGGCGAGCUCUCCUUCUACGACGCCGAGCGCCGCAGCCACAUCUACACCUUCCACGAGAAGUUCGGCGGCGCCGUCUACCCCUACUUCUACGUGGGCGCGGCGCCCGUGGAGGCGCCCGCCGCCGCGCUGCGCAUCUGCCCGCUGCGCGUGCGCGUGCACGAGGACGGGCCCGUGUAG